UUCACUGGAUCCGAGGAAUGAAACUUCCGGUGGUGUGUCAUGGCGGCAUGGCAGAAUAUGCUUGAAGUGAAAAAAUAACCAACCCCCACAGCUGUCCUUCGUUAGCUGGUGUUGGGGUUUGUAGGUUGAACAUUAUUUGCGGUUGUAUUGCACUUGGGAUCAGCAAGACCUGGCCUGCCAUGGCGGCACACAAGCCCGUGGAAUGGGUCCAGGCUAUUAUAAAUAAAUUCGACGAGCAGCUUCCGAUCAAAACAGGACAACAGAGCACCCAUUCCAAAGUCAACACAGAGCACAACAAGGAAUGCCUCAUCAACAUCUCCAAGUACAAGUUCUCCCUCGUCAUCAGUGGCCUCACAAAUAUUCUCAAAAAUGUGAACAACAUGCGGAUCUUCAGCGAAACGCAAGAGAAGAACCUUUACCUCUCCCAGCUCAUCAUCCUGGACACGCUGGAGAAGUGCCUGGCAGGGCAACCAAAGGACUGCCUGCGUCUGGACGAGGCCAUGCUGGUGAAGCAGCUGCUGCCGGAGAUCUGCCACUUCAUCCACACGUAUCGCGAGGGCCACCCGCACACGGCCGACCUGCGCGCCUCCGCCUCGGGCGUGCUCUUCUCACUCAGCAGCAACAACUUCAACGCCGUCUUCAGCCGCAUCUCCACACGCAUGCAAGAACUGACAGUAUCUCCAGAGGACACGGUAGACGUCCAUGACAUCGAACUCAUCCAGUACAUCAAUGUGGACUGUGCCAAGUUAAAAAGACUGCUACAAGAGACAGUAUUCAAAUUUAAAGCUCUGAAGAAACCUGCCCAACUUGCAGUCAUCAACAGCUUAGAGAAGGCCUUUUGGAACUGGGUGGAGUACUAUCCGGAUGAGUUUACCAUGCUGUAUCAGAGGCCACAGACGGACAUGGCUGACUGUGCGGAGAAGCUGUUUGACCUGGUGGACAGCUUUGCGGAGAGUGCCAAGAGGAAGGCGGCAGUGUGGCCCCUGCAGAUCAUCCUCCUCAUCCUCUGCCCCGAGAUCACCCAGAGCAUCACCAAAGAGGUCGUGGACGACAGCAAGGCCAACAAGAAGCUGUUCCUGGAGAACUUGCGUAAGGCCCUGACGGGCCACGGAGGCAGCAAGCAGCUGACGGAGAGUGCGGCCAUCGCCUGUGUCAAGCUCUGCAAGGCCUCCACCUACAUCAACUGGGAGGACAACUCCGUCAUCUUUCUCCUCGUGCAGUCCAUCGUCAUGGACCUCAAGGCGCUGCUCUUUAACCCGACCAAGCCCUUCUCGCGGGGGACCGGCAGCCAGAGUGCAGAUGUGGACCUCAUGAUCGACUGCUUCGUCUCCUGCUUCCGCAUCAACCCACACAACAACCAGCACUUCAAGGUCUGCCUCGCCUCCAGCUCCCCCCAGACCUUCCACUUUGUCCUGGUCAACUCCCUCCACAGAAUCAUCACCAAUUCUCAUUUGGACUGGUGGCCGAAGAUCGACGCGGUGUACUGCUACUCAGGAGAGCUGCGCACCAUGUUUGCAGAGACACUAGCCAGAGUCAUGCAGGGACACACAGGCGCACACGCACCUUUACGGCUAACGACGGUGAGACACACACACGCACCUUUACGGCUAACAACGAGCCAAUCACUGAAGGAGAAGAUGACGACGAGCCUUAAGUUUAAAGACAAAUCGACAGAAAUGGACUCCCGGUGUCUACUGCUGGCACUGGUCAAGCUGAUCCAUGCGGACCCCAAACUAAUGCUGCAUAACCCUGGUAAGCCGGGUCAGGAGAUCCAGGGCAGUACAGCCGACCUGGUCAUCGGCCUGGUGCAGCUGGUGCCCCACAGCAGCUCAGCCGAGAUCUCAGUGGAGGCCAUGGAGGCGUUGUUGGUGUUACAUCAGCCUGAAAUCAUAGACUUGUGGAACCCUGACGCUCCAAUCGAGGCGUUCUGGGAUAUCAGCUCCAAGAUUCUCACCUUCAUCUGCAAGAAGCUCAUCGGCCAUCAGAUGAUGAACAGCACAGAGAUCCUCAAGUGGCUGCGGGAAAUCCUCAUCUGUAGGAACAAGUUCCUCCACAAGAACAAGGAGAGUGCGACGGUGGGCAGUGGCGUCUCCACGUGUAAGGAGGCGCAGACCAAGCUGGAGGUGUCCCUCUACACCUUCCUGUGGAGCCCGGACAUGGAGGCGGUGCUGGUGGCCAUGUCCUGCUUCAGACACCUGUGCGAGGAGGCCGACAUCCGCUGCAGCGUGGACGAGGUGCCCGUGCAGACCGUGCUGCCCAACUACAACACCUUCAUGGAGUUCGCAUCCGUCAGCAACAUGAUGGCUACAGGACGGUCUGCCUUACAGAAGAGAGUGAUGGCUCUGCUCCGAAGGAUAGAACAUCCCACUGCUGGCAAUACUGAGGCUUGGGAAGACACUCAUUCGAAAUGGGACCAGGCAACAAAGCAGAUCCUCAAUCACCCUAAAAACAAGGUUGAAGAUGGACAGGAGUGGAUCAACAUGACAGGGUUCCUGUGUGCGCUGGGCGGUGUGUGUCUGCAGCGGCGUGCGGCCCCGGCGCCCGGCACCUACAGCCCCCCUAUGGGGCCCCUGGGGGCCUCCUCGGAGCGCAAGGGCUCCAUGAUCUCCAUGGGCUCCUGUGAGGUGGGCACGGAGAGCUCGCUGGGACGGUUCCUGGACCGGCUGCUCUCGCUGAUGGUGUGCAACCAUGAGCGGGUCGGCGUGCAGAUCCGCAACAACAUCAAGGACCUGGUGGGCCUGGAGCUCAGCCCAGCCCUCUACCCCAUGCUCUUCAACAAGCUCAAGAACAGCAUCGGCAGGUUCUUCGAGACGCAGGGGCCGGUCCCCAUUAAUGACACUAACACACAGUUUGUGGAGCAGACCAUUGCCAUCAUGAAGAACCUGCUGGACAGCCGAACGGAGGGCAGCUCAGAGCACCUGGGACAGGCCAGCAUAGAGACCAUGAUGCUCAACCUGGUCCGGUACGUCCGUAUCCUAGGCAACAUGGUGCAUGCCAUCCAGAUCAAGACCAAGCUGUGCCAACUGGUGGAGGUGAUGAUGGAGAGGAGAGACGACCUGUCCUUCUGCCAGGAGAUGAAGUUCAGAAACAAGAUGGUGGAGUACCUCACAGACUGGGUGAUGGGAACCUCCAAUCAAGCUGCAGAUGAUGACAUCAAGUGUCUGACACGGGACCUGGACCAGGCCAGCAUGGAGGCGGUAGUGUCUCUGCUAGCCGGCCUGCCUCUGCAGCCCGAGGAGGGGGACGGAGUGGAGCUCAUGGAGGCCAAGUCGCAACUCUUUCUCAAGUACUUCACUCUCUUCAUGAACCUGUUGAACGACUGCAGUGAGGUGGAGGACGAUGGGCAGCAGGUGGCGGGCCGCAAGAGGGGCAUGUCUCGCCGCCUGGCGUCCCUGCGCCACUGCACCGUGCUCGCCAUGUCCAACCUGCUCAACGCCAACGUGGACAGCGGACUCAUGCACUCUAUAGGCUUGGGCUACCAUAAGGACUUGCAGACGCGAGCCACCUUCAUGGAGGUGCUGACCAAGAUCCUGCAGCAGGGCACGGAGUUCGAUACGCUGGCGGAGACCGUCCUGGCCGACCGCUUCGAGCGGCUGGUGGAGCUGGUCACCAUGAUGGGCGACCAGGGGGAGCUGCCCAUUGCCAUGGCACUGGCCAAUGUGGUGCCCUGCUCACAGUGGGAUGAGUUGGCGCGUGUGCUAGUGACUCUGUUCGACUCGCGGCACCUCCUCUACCAGCUGCUGUGGAACAUGUUCUCCAAGGAGGUGGAGCUGGCCGACUCCAUGCAGACACUCUUCAGAGGAAACAGUCUGGCCAGCAAGAUCAUGACCUUCUGCUUUAAGGUGUACGGAGCAGCGUAUCUCCAGAAGCUGCUGGAACCUCUUCUCAGAGGAGUGAUCACCACGCCAGAGUGGCAGCAGAUCAGCUUUGAAGUGGACCCCACCAGACUGGAGCCCGUGGAGAACCUGGAGGAGAACCAAAAGAACCUGUUGCAGAUCACCGACCGCUUCUUCCUGGCCAUCAUCAACUCCUCCAGCGAGUUUCCUCCUCAGCUCCGCAGCGUCUGCCACUGCCUCUACCAGGCUACUUGCCAUUCUCUGCUGAAUAAAGCCAGAGUAAAAGAGAAAAAGGAAAACAAAAAAUCAGUGGUGAGUCAGCGUUUCCCCCAGAACAGCAUCGGGGCAGUGGGCAGUGCCAUGUUCCUGCGCUUCAUCAACCCGGCCAUAGUGUCCCCGUACGAGGCCGGCAUCCUGGACAAGAAGCCUCCGCCCAGGAUAGAGCGGGGGCUCAAACUCAUGUCCAAGAUCCUGCAGAGUAUCGCCAAUCACGUCCUGUUCACUAAAGAGGAACACAUGAGGCCUUUCAACGACUUUGUGAAGAGCAACUUUGACGCAGCUAGGCGGUUUUUCCUGGACAUCGCCUCCGACUCGCCCCCCAGUGACUCGGUCAACCACAGCCUGUCGUUCAUCAGCGACGGUAAUGUCCUCGCCUUACAUCGCCUCCUCUGGAACAACCAGGAGCGGAUAGGACAAUACCUGUCAAGCAGCAGAGAUCACAAAGCAGUCGGUCGGAGGCCCUUUGACAAAAUGGCGACGCUUCUUGCUUACCUUGGCCCUCCGGAGCACAAGCCCGUGGCAGACACCCACUGGUCCAGUCUCAACCUCACCAGCUCCAAGUUUGAGGAGUUCAUGACAAGGCACCAGGUACAUGAAAAGGAGGAGUUCAAAGCCCUGAAGACCCUCAACAUCUUCUAUCAGGCUGGGACCUCAAAGAGCGGGAAUCCUGUCUUCUACUACGUGGCACGGAGGUUCAAAACAGGCCAGAUCAACGGUGACCUCCUCAUCUACCACGUCCUCCUGACCCUCAAGCCCUACUACGCCAAGCCCUACGAGAUCGUGGUGGACCUGACGCACGUGGGCCCCAGCAACCGCUUCAAGACCGACUUCCUGUCCAAGUGGUUCGUGGUGUUCCCGAACUUCGCCUACGAGAACGUGGCCGCCGUGUUUGUCUACAACUGCAACACAUGGGUGCGCGAGUACACCAAGUACCACGAGCGGCUGCUGACGGGCCUCAAGGGGAGCAAGAAGCUGCUCUUCAUCGACACCCCCGCCCGGCUGGCCGAUCACAUCGAGCCGGACCAGCAGAAGCUGCCCGCCGCCACGCUCACCCUGGAGGAGGACCUCAAGGUCUUCCACAACGCCCUCAAGCUGGCACACAAGGACACCAAAGUCUCCAUCAAGGUGGGCUCCACAGCGGUGCAGGUGACGUCAGCUGAGCGGACACGGGUCCUGGGCCAGUCAGUAUUCCUCAACGACAUCUACUAUGCCUCCGAGGUGGAGGAGAUCUGCCUGGUGGACGAGAGCCAGUUCACGCUGACCAUUGCCAACCAGGGCACGCCGCUGACCUUCAUGCACCAGGAGUGCGAGGCCAUCGUCCAGUGCAUCAUCCACAUCCGCACGCGCUGGGAGCUCUCGCAGCCCGACUCCAUACCCCAGCACACCAAGAUCCGGCCCAAGGACGUGCCGGGCACCCUGCUCAACAUUGCACUGCUCAACCUGGGCAGCUCCGAUCCCAGCCUCCGGUCCGCUGCCUACAACCUGCUUUGUGCCUUAACGUGUACGUUUAACCUGAAGAUCGAGGGGCAGCUGCUGGAGACGUCGGGGCUCUGCAUCCCGGCCAACAACACGCUCUUCAUCGUGUCCAUCAGCAAGACGCUGGCGGCCAACGAGCCUCACCUCACCCUGGAGUUCCUGGAGGAGUGCAUCUCCGGCUUCAGCAAGUCCAGCAUCGAGCUGAAGCACUUGUGUCUGGAGUACAUGACCCCCUGGCUCCUCAACCUGGUGCGCUUCUGCAAGCACAACGACGACGCCAAACGCCAGAGGGUCACCGCCAUCCUGGACAAGCUCAUCACCAUGACGAUCAACGAGAAGCAGAUGUACCCCUCCAUCCAGGCCAAGAUCUGGGGCAGCCUGGGGCAGAUAACAGACCUGCUUGACGUGGUGCUGGACAGCUUCAUAAAGACCAGUGCCACAGGAGGCCUGGGCUCCAUCAAGGCCGAGGUGAUGGCAGACACCGCCGUGGCUCUGGCGUCGGGAAACGUCAAGCUGGUGUCCAGCAAGGUGAUUGGGCGCAUGUGUAAGAUCAUCGACAAGACGUGCCUGUCCCCGACGCCCACACUGGAGCAGCACCUGAUGUGGGACGACAUCGCCAUCCUGGCGCGCUACAUGCUCAUGCUGUCCUUCAACAACUCGCUGGACGUGGCGGCCCACCUGCCCUACCUCUUCCACGUGGUCACGCUGCUGGUGGCCACCGGACCCCUGUCUCUCAGGGCCUCCACGCACGGCCUCGUCAUCAACAUCAUACACUCCCUCUGCACGUGCUCACAGCUCUGCUUCAGCGAGGAGACCAAGCAAGUCCUUCGUCUGAGCCUGACGGAGUUCUCGCUGCCCAAGUUCUACCUUUUGUUUGGCAUCAGUAAGGUGAAAUCGGCCGCGGUCAUCGCCUUCCGCUCCAGCUACCGAGACCGCUCCUUCUCACCGGGCUCCUACGAGAGGGAGACUUUCGCUCUGUCGUCUCUAGAGACAGUCACCGAGGCUCUUCUGGAGAUCAUGGAGGCUUGCAUGAGAGACAUCCCAGGCUGCAAGUGGCUGGACCAGUGGACUCAACUGGCCCAGAAGUUUGCGUUCCAGUAUAACCCGUCUCUGCAGCCGCGGGCGCUGGUGGUGUUCGGCUGCAUCAGUAAGCGGGUGACUCAUGGCCAGAUCAAGCAGAUCAUCCGCAUCCUCAGCAAGGCCAGCCCCCUGCUCAGCAUCGACCGAGGUCUGGAGUGCUGUCUAAAAGGCUCUGAUAACUACAACAGCCAGGUUCUCAUCGAAGCCACAGUCAUCGCCCUGACCAAGCUGCAGCCCCUAUUGCCCAAGGACUCCCCCAUGCACAAGGCGUUGUUCUGGGUGGCGGUGGCCGUGCUGCAGCUGGAUGAGGUGAACCUGUACUCUGCUGGGACAGCUUUGCUGGAGCAGAACCUGCACACACUAGACAGCCUGCGGGUCUUUAAUGACAAGAGUCCUGAGGAGGUGUUCAUGGAGAUCCGAAAGCCCCUGGAGUGGCACUGUAAGCAGAUGGACCACUUUGUGGGCCUCAACUUCCCCUCAAACUUCAACUUUGCCCUCGUCGGCCACUUGCUGAAAGGCUACAGACACCCCUCCUCCAGCACGGUGGCACGGACGGUGCGCAUCCUCCACACGCUGCUGGGCCUGGUGGCCAAGCACAUGGGCUGUGAUAAGUUUGAAGUCAACACCCAGAGCGUGGCCUACCUAGCAGCUUUGCUGACGGUCUCAGAAGAGGUGCGAGGCCGCUGCAGUCUGAAGCACAGGAAGUCACUGCUAAUCUCGGACGUCACCAUGGAGAAUGUUUCCAUGGACACCUUCUCUGUGUACCACGACUCAGGAUGCCGGACGCUGAGGGAGAACCAGCCCUGGACGUCUCCCAAGGUGACGGAGCGCUACCUGGCAGCCCACUACCCCACCGUGGGACAGAUCAGCCCCCGCACACGCAAGUCCAUGAGCCUGGACAUGGGUCAGCCCUCGCAGGCCAACACCAAGAAGCUAUUAGGGACGAGGAAGAGUUUUGAUCACUUGAUCUCGGACGCCAAAGCACCAAAGAGACCAGACAUGGAGUCGGGUAUGACCACACCCCCCAAGAUGAGGAGGGUGGCUGAGAACGACUACGAGAUAGAGACCCAAAGAAUAGCCAACUCCCAUCUCCGCAAGGUGUCCGUGUCCGAGUCCAAUGUGCUCCUGGACGAGGAGGUGCUGCAGGACCCCAAAAUUCAGGCCCUCCUCGUCACCGUGCUGGCAACCUUGGUGAAGUACAGCACGGACGAGUUCCACCAGAGGAUUCUGUACGAGUACCUGGCCGAAGCCAGUGUUGUCUUCCCGAAGGUGUUCCCUGUUGUGCACACGCUGCUAGACUCCAAGAUCAACAACCUGCUGUCCAUGUGCCAGGACCCCAACCUGCUGAACCCCAUCCACGGCAUCGUGCAGAGCGUGGUGUUCCACGAGGAGUCGCCCCCACAGUACCAGCCCCUAUACCUGCAGAGCUUUGGCUUCAACGGACUCUGGAGGUUCGCCGGUCCCUUCUCCAAGCAAACGGCGGACUACGGGGAGCUGGUGGUGAAGUUCCUGGACGCGCUGAUCGACACCUACCUGCCAGGCCUGGAGGAGGAGGCCAGUGAGGAGUCCCUGCACACGCCCACUUCCCCGUACCCCCCGCCCACCCAGAGCCAGCUCUCCAUCACCGCCAACCUCAACCUCUCCAACUCCAUGACCUCGCUGGCCACCUCGCAGCACUCACCAGCGUCUCUUCCGAGCUCUAAGUCGGCCGUUUUCCCGCAGCAUCUCGUCCUGCCAGGUAUCGACAAGGAGAACGUGGAGCUGUCCCCCACCACAGGCCACGCCAACAGCGGCCGCAUGCGGCACGGCUCCGCCAGCCAGGUACAGAAACAGCGCAGCGCCGGCAGCUUCAAAAGGCCCAGUAUUAAGAAGAUCGUCUGAUGGACGGACAGAGGAGAUAUCAGAUCCUGGCAAGAGGGGGCAAGACAAGUGACAAAAGGACUGUCGCCCCCAGCAAGCUCCUCUCCUCCUCCCCUCUCUGCUUCCUCUUCCUCUGUUUACCCACCAUUCUUUUUUUCAAAUCCCCCUUUUAGUUCAGUCUACCAGCUUUUAGUGUUUGGUGCAGAUCCAUCCACAGAACCGAACCGAGGGAAAAGCGAAAUAGAUUGAAAUCAUAGAGACGGUCGGAGAUGGACAUCGUGACUCAAACGGCUCUGUGACGUAACAGCCAAACAAAAGAAAAGAGUGAGGGAGGCUCAUGGGGUGAAUCAUUCAGAGAGAAGAGAGAACGGGUAGAGUUCAAAUUGCACAGUUAUGUUCUUGUUCAACAGUUGAGGCCCUUGGUGUUUUGGUUUUCCCCCCUGACCCUGGACCAGAGAGCCUGGAAUCUCUGCUUGGACACAACUUUCAACCCUUAGUUUUAAGAAAUGAAGGAACUCGGAUGAACAUUGUUUGACAUUAAUAUCCUGAAGUUACUUAAACACCAAGGAAAGGCAAGAUGACCUCUCUCAGGCUGCCUAGUACUAAAUACAAAACAUCAAACACACACACACACAAAACAAAAAAAGGAAGAAACGUGAGACUCUGCCUAUCAGUUUGGCUUCAGAUGCUCUUGCUGACAGACUGCCCAUUAUGUCAAGAAAGCCCCGUUCCCUAAACCCCUCCUUGGAUAAAGAAGGCACAGUGUCUUCUUCUAGACUACAAAACAGAAGAUGCUGUUAGGAACUCUGAUAUUCACAGUUUUGGAAACCUGGUGGGUGAGGUAUGGGGACGGGAGAUUAUGCCAACCUAUCUCACCCAGGCUGUACAUAUAUGAAGGUCUUACAAAGGUAUGAGUGUGUAAAUAAUUACAGGUUACAAAAUUGCAAGACUGCUCGCAUAUAUUGGGGUGUCGUUUUAUUCAUAGUGUGCCUUCAUCAGAGUUUUCAAAUGUCUGUAGUUUGAAACGAGAGGGAAAAUGAAGUUUAAAAAAAAAAAAAAACUUGUCGAGGAAGGGAAAUAACAGGUACAAAUAGGUACCACAGAUUCGUCUUUUCGUUUUCUUUUUUUUUUCUUUUUUAUUGUCAAUAUAGCUUGAGAGCUGCACUGUACAACAGUACAGCUCAUUAUUCUAUGACAGUCAGAACUAUUCCAGACAUAAUUACUCUGCCUGAACAAGUACUUCUCUUGUAACGAUACUCCUGUCUGUCGAGUAAGGAUGGGGGCUCAGGCUCUCCUUCUCCUCCUUUUCCUUUUAUGCAUUGUUCAUCCACUUACACCGAUAGCAAGACACUAACAAAAUAUAUAGAUCAAUGCAAAAAAAAUGUAUAUAGUGCGAAAGGCUUUACAUUAUGGGUGAGGAAUGAGGUGAUUUGUUUACAGUCUGGUGGUGUUGACCAGGAAAUCAGUGUAAUAUGCAAAAAAAAAAAAAUCCAAAAUAAGUAUGGCAUGAGAACUUUGGGUUUUUUAUCUUCAUCCAUAUAAAGGAACAAUCAAACCAGUUGCUUUUUAGAAGUUAACCAGAACAGAUGGUGAAGAAAGUCUGUUUCCACGCAUUGGUUAAAAAAAGACAUGUUAAAUUUUGUGUGUAAGGGCAUCAGAAUUUUCUUUUGGUCACUUUUUCGUGUGGUUAAUGCUGAUGUGUGAUGGCAGCCCGCUGUAGUUCAUUCACACUGCAAGUCAGUCUCAAAGCAGGAAGAGUAAAGUAAAGUAAAGGACUUGAUGUAACCAAGGUUUUGACUGAGAUGUGUUUGAACACAAAAUCCUCAAUGCAUGGCAGCAAACCUAGCGACACUGCACCAAAGACUAUAUUUGCACUAUGGCAAAAUGAUCAUUUAAGUUUGAGGUGACAUAAGUGCUCUCAGUGGAUAAUUGAACUAGGAAAGGCUUGUAACAAGUUACCACUGUAGCUCUGACCGAACCUGAAUGGAUACGUCUGAAAUUGUCUCUGCCAUUGUUUUCCUUUUUUAUUUCUUGAGCUUUGAAUGUUUUGCUUUUUUUGUUGACACCAUUACUGACCUGCAGUGAUGUUGCAUAUAUGCUUAAAAAAACAUGGGAUUUUUUUGCCUUGUAGUUUCUGUGAAAAGGGAGACUACCAGGCAAUGAAAUACAAAAGGUUGGUAGAAUACAGACUAUUAGUUGACCUUGUGACAUGACUAUCUUGACAUUGUUUCUGAUUAUGAUGUGGAUGUGGUGGUCUUCGUAAAAUCAAAGGGAAUAUAAGGUUAUGGGAAUUAUCUAGUAUCAUUGCAAACCUGGCCCAGUCUCUGAAACCAAAUUUAUUCGUAAAGUGUAAAAACAUGUUUAAAGAGAAUAUGUAUAAGCUAUUUCUGACCACUAUAAUUUGAUUUAAUCAUGAUUUCUUUGAUAGUUGA